CAAACAGAUCUCCAGUAAAUUUAUCCAAAUUUCGUACAAGCUACAUCAUAUUCAUAGACCUGCUCUCAUAACUUUGAAAAUGGAUUUACUGCGCAAGGUCGCACCCGAAAUCAAUUCGAUUGCCGUGAUGGCAAUGAGCGCAUAUCGCGUGAUGACACUGAGCGAAUAUCGCGGCCGAUAUGUGAUACUGCUCUUUUAUCCGGCGAACUUCUCGUUCGUCUGCCCAACGGAGCUGCAUGCGUUCAGCGAUCGGGCCCAGGAGUUCCGCAUGGUGGGCUGUGAGGUGAUUGCCUGCUCGACGGACAGUCAUUUCGCUCACUGCGCCUGGAUGAUGCAGCCGCGCAAGGCGGGCGGCCUCGGCGAAAUCGAUAUUCCACUGUGGGCCGACAAGUCGAUGAAGAUUGCUCGCGACUACCAGAUGCUGGACGAGGCGACGGGUCUGGCCAAUCGGGGCAUGUUCAUCAUCGAUCGUGUCGGCCUCGUGCGGCAUAUCUCGGUUAAUGACAAUGGCGUCGGACGCAGUGUCGAGGAGGCGCUGCGCCUCGUCCAGGCCUUUCAGUACACCGAUGAGUUUGGCGAGGUUUGCCCAGUUAAUUGGAAGCCCGGCUCCAGGACCAUGAAACCGGAUAUGGCUGGCAAAGAAGAUUACUUCAAAAAUGCCAUCUGAAACUGAAUAUAUUCCCCAAUUUGAUACACGAAGGAGUGCAAGAAUAUGUUUUAUACUUAAUACAGUUCUUUAGACAGUGUUAAUAAAUGCGAAAAAUUA